GAACAUGUUGGUAGGCUUAUUAUAUAAAGGACGAUGGGUGAAGAUUGGAAGAGGAGAAAUUGAAAACAAAAAAAGGUAGAGAAAACAUUGAGAGAUACUCCCAAGAGAUGGAAGAACAUCUGAACCCCUUAGCUGUGACUCAUCUGCUUCAACACACCCUGAGAAGCUUGUGCAUUCAUGAAAACUCUCAGUGGAUUUACGCCGUCUUCUGGAGGAUCCUGCCUAGAAACUACCCACCACCCAAAUGGGAAGGUCAUGGAGCUUAUGACAGGUCAAGAGGGAACAGAAGGAACUGGAUAUUGGUUUGGGAAGAUGGUUUCUGCAACUUUGGUGCCUCCUCAACAGCUCAUGAGGUCAACUCCAGUUCUGAUUGUCCUGCAGGCCCUUCGUCAUCAAUGUAUGGCAACUGUGAAUUUCAACAAUACAAUGGCCUGCAACCAGAGCUUUUCUUCAAGAUGUCCCAUGAAAUCUACAACUACGGAGAAGGGUUGAUAGGGAAAGUGGCUGCAGAUCAUAGUCAUAAGUGGAUACACAAAGAACCAAAUGAUCAAGAAAUCAACUUCUUAUCUGCCUGGCACAACUCAGCUGACUCGCACCCUAGGACAUGGGAAGCCCAGUUCCAGUCUGGCAUAAAGACCAUAGCCCUUAUAGCAGUUAGAGAAGGUGUUGUUCAGUUAGGAGCUACUCACAAGGUGGUUGAAGAUUUGAGCUAUGUAGUUCUGCUAAGAAAGAAGUUCAGCUACAUUGAAAGCAUCCCAGGGGUGCUUCUGCCACACCCAUCAUCUCCACCCUUCCCCUACAAGGUUGAUAAUCAUCAUCAUCAUCAUGGCUAUGCAUAUGGUCCCACCCCAGAUCAUCAUCAUGCAUGGCAUUUCCAAGCAGGCACUCCAACUCAUGAAUUCAUGUAUGAUCACCACCACCAAUAUCUCAACAACCAAGCAGUUCCAUUGAAAAACAUAACACCCUCCAUGAGCAGCCUUGAAGCCCUCCUCUCAAAGCUUCCUUCAGUCGUGCCCUCUGCACCAUCAAAUCAUGAUCAGCUGCAGCAGCCGCAAGAACAUGAUCAUCAAGGGUCCCAAUUUAUGUUAUCCCAUGGACCGCUCGAUUUCAUGGCAAUCACGGAGCAGAAGUUGGUGGCCAAGGGGGAGACUGAUGAUCAUAAUGAAGAGUAUAAUAAUAAUAAUAAUAAUAGGGCAUCAGAUCAUCAAAACAACGUGGGUGAGACUAGCACUUCUAUGUCUGCUUAUGCUCGUCAACAACACCAUUUCCAUCACCACUAGCUAAGAUCAGAACUAAUAUUACUAAUAAUUGAUUAAGCAAUUAAUUAAUAGUGUUAUUUAUUUUGUCCUUAGCUUAAUUAUAUAUUGUAGAAGGAUCGAGGAUUGGUUUCUAA